UAAUAUGUGAAAAAGGUUGGUUUGGAUUGAACUGUAAACUAAAGUGUCGAUGCCAGAACUACAGUUGCAACAACGAAGGACGGUGUACGAACUCGUUAACCUGUCAACGUGGAUGGUUUGGCCCCUCGUGUCAAUAUGUUGAUCUAGCCUUCAACAUGUCAGACAAUCCGCUGGUUACAGACGGCAACGAUAGCACCUGCUUGACGCCUGGGAGUACCAGCAAUGUAACCCUCAACAUGUUUACAGCUUGGCCCUUCACCUGGCUUAGAGUGCAUGUCAAAAUUGAGAAUGUUGUUAAUAACCUAAGUGUGGGUUUUAUGAACAACUCAGUGCCUGUUGCGUGCACGAAUCUGAAGGCAUAUGAAGUGGACGACAAAACCAUGGACGUCCAUUGUAAUCUCACAAAGACUUUCGAUGAAGUCGUUUUAGUUGGCGAUGCCAUCCAGUAUCUUUGCUCUGUUUACAUUAGUGGCG